GCGGCGCCCAUGACUUGGACGAGCAGCAUGAGCAGCGGCUACAGCAGCUGGGAGGAGUCGGAGUCCGAGGAGUUUUUCUUCACCGCCCGCACGUCUUUCUUCAGGAGCCCCCUCGGCAAAGCCAAGCAGAGCCUGCAAGAUGUUCAGAAAGAGAAAGAAACUCAUAUGCAUCUCACCAAAGAAGCAAUCAAGGAAAAAAUCCAAAUUUACAAUUCAGACGUUACUGACAAGCUAAAGAUGACCUUGCACUCCAAUGGGGUGUACACUGGCUUCAUCAAAGUUCAGAUGGAAUUGUGCAGGCCUAUUACUGUACGGGCUUCUAUGACACCAGGGAAGCAUAUCAUCAACGACGAGACGGCUUUUUACUUACCUAAAGGCUACAUGAAUACUCUUCACAUCAGCAGCACUAAUACUGUCCGUGAGGUUAUCGAGGCUCUGCUCAAAAAGUUUCUGGUGGCUGAUAAUCCUGCUAAGUUUGCGCUUUAUAAACGUUGUCACAGGGAAGAUCAAGUUUACAUGUGCAAGCUCUCAGAAACAGAGCAUCCCCUUUAUUUGCGAUUGAUGGCAGGCCCAAGAACAGAUAUGCUUAGUUUUGUUUUACGUGAGCAUGAAACUGGAGAUGUUUUGUGGGAAGCCUUUAGCCUACCUGAGCUACACAACUUCUUGCGCAUACUGGACAAAGAAGAAGACGAACAAUUACAAAACUUAAAAAGGCGCUAUGCAGCAUACAGAGACAAACUUGAAGAAGCCCUCGGUGAGGUUUGGCAGCCAGGUUAAAAUGGGGCCAAAGAACACUCAGGAAAAAUUGCAUUACCAAAUACUAUGUAACAUGCCAAACCUAGUAUACACGCGGCGAGGGUAGAUACCUCUUUAAAACACAUGACCAUUUUUUGUGAGGCU